UCUCCACCAACAAAACCAAACCAGACUUGUGAAAUGUGUUUGCUAAUGGCGUCUCCUGGUUUCUUCUCCUGCAUGCUCUUGGUGUUGUUUAUUAGUUCACGGCCAUGUCAUCUUCAAAACGUAACUCUUUCAGUUUACUACGAAACUCUCUGCCCUUAUUGCGCCGACUUUAUUGCCAAUCAUCUGGUAAAGAUCUUCCACAACCAACUCUUCUCCGUCGUCAACCUCAGGCUGGUUCCGUGGGGCAACGCUGUGUUACAAACCGACGGCACCUUCCUUUGCCAGCAUGGCCCAGAUGAAUGUAUCUUGAAUGCCAUUGAAGCCUGCGCCAUCUCAAUGUAUCCUAAUCAGGAGCAGCAUUUCAGAUUCAUUCUCUGCCUCGAGCGUCUGGUCUCGGAGAACAAGCCGAAUGAGUGGGUUAAUUGUUUUAAUACUACUGGAUUGGCCACUCUUCCCAUUGAUUGCUAUAAAAGUGGCUAUGGAAACGUGCUUGAAAACCAGUAUGCUGCCGAAACUGCUCGGCUUAAUCCACCGCAUAAGUUCGUCCCAUGGGUGCUUGUUAACGGUCAACCUCUGCAAGAGGACUUCAAGAACUUUGUUACCUACAUCUGCAAUGCAUACAAGGGCAAACAAGUGCCCCAGGCUUGUCACUCACUUCCGCUAAUGAAGAAUUCGUCGAAAAAGGCAACUCCCAGUUAUCCGGUUUGCUAUGCUAAUUAGGGGGGAAAUUGAGAAUAUGUAUAACUUUUUGUCGAUUCCCUUGUAUGUAGGCAUCGUUGCUGAGUUCUGAUACACCAUACUCGAUCACAUUGUUGCUGAUUUAUGGGAUUCGCUUUUGCUUCUCUCUGUUUUAGUUGAGUUAUAACCAUUGAUCUUGGACUACUGGUUGACUGAAUGAUGCCUCUUAAUUGUACAUGAA